CAGCAUCUUUCAUAUUUUGCUAUAGGAACCGGAAGCAGCUGCUCAUAUUAGGGGGAUGUCGCUCACUGUUGAAUCGGUGUAUUCCCCUUCGCCCAUCGAGGGCACCCCUAUCGAUGGAACAAACGAAGCUGGCGUUCAACCGACCCGUGAAGAUGUCUUGCCCGGAUUUGCUGGAGACAAAACUGAAUCCAGCGAAGCUGCUGUUGAAGAUAUCAUGACGACUUCCGAAGUGUCGGAGGACGCGGACGCUUUCUUUGGAGAGGCCAGGGACGUUCAGCAAGCGGCGAAAUUUCAUCCUAGCGCAGCCGUCGAAGAAGCGACAGUCGCCGAAGGACGACCUUCAGAAGUCAGCCUUGGGUCUGAGUCCACUAGUACUGCGCCUGUCAUCCAGAUUGAUGUUCACUCCGCCCAUGGAAAACUCGCCGACCCACCACCACCGGAGUCUCCGACGACCAAGAUGCUUCAACCCGGCAUCCCCAUGCCUGUGUCCGCGGAUCCGACAGUCCCUGACCCUGCAAGCGUACAUGACUCUCCCGCCGAAUCCCCUCGCUCUCCUAGCUCUCGAUCUGUUGUCCAGCACGCACUGAGUGCUGUUCCACCGAGUCUCUUAUCGAAACUUUCCCAUCCAUCAAGUCUCAGCGGCCUAUUCACGCCUUACAGUGAGGCUAGUUCUGGUCCCUCUUCCCCAACCUUGCAGGACUCUAUCCCUACGCUCGAGGAUGAGGCUUCCAAGGGUACCUCGACUGCUGCCGCUGACAAGGACGGCGGUCGCGGGAAGGACGAAGGCGAGAUGGAGUCACCUAUCGUUUCGCCUCUUGCGGCAUCUGUCGAAGCUGUGUACAACGAAGACCACGAUGCGGACUUGGAUGCUGACGGCGAUAUUGACCCUGAUUAUGUCGAAGGAGAUGUCGAGGAGACAGUUAUUCCAACAACAGCUGCGAUCCUGGUGCCCCCUCAUCCCGACGCUCCAGCAGAUGUGCCUAUUAUCACGGAAACCCUAGACGACCCGGCACCUACGGUGGCUGCGCAGGCUGAAGAGCAAGCUGAAGUGGUUCAACUAGUCGCCGAGGCUGAAGAAAUGAGAGCGAUCGAGACUCCAGCCGGCAUGGGUGCGAAGGAGCUAUCACCGGCUCCAGAGGACAGCUCGGCUGAGCCACUGGCGCCGAAAGACAGCGCUGUAAAAGAAGGCGAGUGGCCAAGGUGAGUCGUUUCAU